AUGGCUGUGGAUAUCAAUGCUAUUUACUGUGAUAUUGAUGGCGCGUUUGCGUCUUUGGCUAUCAGAGAAUCUCGUGAAAAUCGAACUUUUACAAAAAGUGAACGGUGUGCAUUGAUAAGCAAAGCCCUUUCUCAUUUGGUCGAUGACGAUCUAGUAUUUGACAAGAAUCGUUUUGUUCUUCACGCUUUGCUCUCGCGAUGUUGGCAAUUGAAUCAAUCACCACAAAACUGCGUAGACUACCAUGCCUUUCCGAACGCGUCAAAGCUCAUGUCUACAGAGCUCUAUGUGUCUCUUAUAGAAUCGCUUGAUUUGAGCUAUCAGUUCAAAAAAACCCUGUAUGGACUCCCAAACGAGGUUGUAAUUAGGUACUCGUCAGCUAUACUCGAAUGCUCACCACAAUUCCUAGUUCAUGUGCAUGUUCCAAUUCUUAACAUUGCCAAGGAUCAGCUUAAAGACAAUACUUUGACAUUUCUCAAAGACAUGUGGAGACGCUAUGGGUGUAAUAUAUCUGACCCAAAGACUCAAAUCUCAGUUUUCGAUGAAACAAUAAAAAUCUUCGAAGGCAUAUUUUGCAACAACAGCAUAAGUUCAGAUUCUAUGAUAAAGGCACUGAAGGAAUCAGACGACUGUGUUACUGGAUGGGCUGUGCAUUCUGACAGUGAACCUCGACUUUAUCCGUUCACCACGUCACAACGCGAACGAUGGGCUGAGAGAUAUCGAUUACUCUCUUCUCCUAGGAAAUUCCUUUUGGAAACACUUUCGUUGGUUUAUUCAAUGCUCGAUGUGUUUACUUCUGAUCGUCAGGCCCAAGAUUAUUUCAGUGUAGCUAUGGAAGCAUCAAUGGCAAGACUAAUUCGUGCAAUAAGAGAAUUGAGCGCAUUCGACGAGCUGAAAACCGAGAAUGAAGUCAAAAGGUUACUUACAUACGAAGAGUGGAUGAGAAACAAGCCAAAUCGAACCGCACGAAAGGCGCAGUUAACUUAUUCUCUUGGCUUAAUUAGUCUCGAAGCAGACACCGCUCAGUUGUCAUCGCUUCGUUUGGCAACUGGCGUUCGAAAUCUCCACCCUCUUGUGCAAAUUACAAGAAAGAUUCAUUCGAAUCUUGAUAUUCACAAAUCACUUCCAAUGCUCUUGGAUGGGUUUAGAGUAUCAUUCGAAGACACCGAGGAAUGCGUAUCGUGGCUUCUCGAUUGCAUUAAACAUCGUCGAAUGGGAUGUAUGACUUUUCUGAAAGCAAUUGUCGAUUUUAUCUGGAUGUUUGUUGGGAGGAGCGACUUUGACUCUGAUUAUUUCCUAUCGCUGGUGAUCGAACAGGGACUUAGUCUUGAUUUAUACAAAAGUAUAGAUCGGCUUUCAAAAUCAUAUCGGUCUAAUUCCUCCAAGAUAUCGAAUGGUAGGAUAAAGAAUACGACUGCUUUAUUCCUGAAAUUAUUUUCCAAUCUUACGACUCACCAACAACAAAUAUUAAGAGAUUAUGUAGUCUCUCAUAGGGACAAAGCAUUAGACAUAACUUCUCCAACUUUUGGUAAUUGGGAUUUAUGGGACUAUGAUUUCGAGCGACGAGGUAGGGUCGUAUGCAAUCAGUUGAUAGCAGGAGACGAUGAAGAUAGCGAAAUACUCGAGGCAGUUAUGGAGCUUUCUCUUAUAUCUCCGUAUCAAACGCUCGAUCUACUUGUAAUGGAAGCGAUUAGGAACAAAGGCCAAUCAUCCGUCAUUAUACAUCUGAUAUCUCAAGCACUAGGAUCCAUUACAUCCUACAAAUUCCAUUCAACGUCUCCUCCACUUUUAAUAGCGGUGUUGCAGAAUCGUUUGCAAAAGAUAAAUUCGAAUAUAGUCAUACUCUCUGACCAAGAAAGAAAGAACCUCAUCACAUUUAUCCUUGGGUCAAUCACAGCAGAGCUAAUAUCAAAGCCGGAAGUCAUUAGAGAUAUGGUCAUCCCGGAAUUAGAGCAUACCCAGAAUUUACCCAUAAUGAUUGGAGUUCUAGUGGGAAUCAUACACGACACGACCGAGGAGAAGACAUGGUUAUGGCAAACUAAGCCAUUCUUGAUGCUGAUAUUGCUUGGAAGGAUAUUAAGCGCGAGAUCUAAAAGUGUCGGCGCAUUGAGUGUCAUUGAGAAUGUUGAGAGAGUGCUAGACUUUAUUAUCGCACAGAUAAAGGUGGCGUUUGAAACCGGAAAACAUUGGAGGCAAGACGACAUUGAUGCGAAUGCAAUAUCAAUGCGCGAAUUCUACAAAGAUUCUUCAUGUCUGUCAUGGUCAUUCCAUCUCCGAUUAUAUUCCUUAUUCGACCUCUUGAGCAAGACAUUCAACUUCAAACUCAUCCCACCACCAAUUCCCAAACCGUUAUAUGACUUUCUGUCGCUCUCAUCCGAGGAAUUUACUGCUACGGGAAGUGAAUUCCACUCCAUCAUUAGCAAGAUAAUGUUGUUUCUGGAGGCUUGUCGAAUAGAGGAUACAUGGUGUACGAAAUUUUGUGAGGCAUUAGUAAAAUCGCCAUCAGAUUUCUCGGUCAAGCGAAGAAAUUUCCUCAAACUUGCACCGGUGGCAUUUUGUUCAAUAUUAGAUACGAGCACAGAGUCUGAGGCUAUACGAUUGUUGACACAGCUGGUAAAGACUCUUAUAGGGUAUGGUUUACUGUCGGCCAGCGAUCUAGUCAGCAAUUGCGGGGUCCUUGUUGGAGAGCUAGAAGUCCAAGAUCGCCUCUCGCUUGCGUGUAUCAGAUUCAGCAUGAUAAAUAUCCUCUCGGGUUUAUCUACUCUUGCAACCGCCGGUGGAACACGUAAUAUGCUUCAGAGACAUUCUAUAAAUGAUUUGUACAUUACUCAAAACAUUAUCAGAUCUGUCAAGAAAAUGUUAUCAACAUCAUCAUCGAUAAUAUUACUCGUGCUUGUCUUUCAUACGACGUCCACAGCGCUAGCUUGUCUCGGUAGCCUUCCACGAUCGGAAGAACAGAUUUAUAUUUUUUUAUUGUUUAUAGUCGAAAAUCUGACGAAAGAUAAUGGCUGGACUUUGAAGCGAGAGACAAAAGAGGUUGUGGAUGAUGGUCUUCAAAAUCUCAACAAGGACAUUAGAGAUAACGUGGCUAGAGGUCUGUUUGGUAGGUGA